CAUGUAUCAUUAUCCGAGAAAAUAAACUCAUAGCGAAAUGUCUGGACGUGGUAAGACCGGUGGAAAAGCCAGAGCUAAGGCCAAGACCCGCUCCUCCAGGGCCGGGCUCCAGUUCCCCGUCGGCCGUGUCCACAGGCUGCUCAGGAAGGGUAACUACGCUCAGCGCGUCGGGGCCGGGGCUCCCGUCUACCUGGCGGCGGUGCUCGAGUAUCUGACCGCUGAGAUCCUGGAGCUGGCUGGAAACGCCGCCAGAGACAACAAGAAGACCAGGAUCAUCCCCCGCCACCUGCAGCUGGCCGUCCGCAACGACGAGGAGCUCAACAAGCUGCUCGGAGGAGUCACCAUCGCUCAGGGUGGUGUCCUGCCCAACAUCCAGGCGGUGCUGCUGCCCAAGAAGACCGAGAAACCCGCCAAGAAGUAAACCCGGGUCCCGAGAGGAACUCAACAAACCCAACAAAGGCUCUUUUAAGAGCCACCCACCACCACUGGAAGAGCUCUGCUUUCUAUUUUUUGUGUAUAAGUAAUAACAAUAAAUUCUCAAACAGCACAGUUAAACACAUCUAUUUACAUCCACCCACAGUUCCACUCAUCACCAGUGGACAGAGCUAGUUUUAUAUAUAUAUAUAUAUAUAUAGUGUGUGUGUAUGUAUUAAUCCAAACAGGGCAAUCCUAUUUUGCCAUGAGAUGAAUCAGAAAUGGGCAACACGUUGUGUUCUAAUGCACAUUUGCGAGUCUAGUUGCUUAUCCCACAAUGCUACUAAGAGUAGUUUCAACCUUAUAACCGUGAUGGUAAACAACACUGCUCCAUAACCAAUUGUUAUAUCUU